AUGGCAUCACAUCGUCUUUUAGAGGCUUUCCGAGCAACAAAACCAGCUUUCGGCGUGUGGAUAACCCUUCCCGGCUCCCUCAAUGCUCGAGUGGUGGCACAAGCCUCGCCCCACCUAUCCUGGGUGAUCAUCGACUGCGAGCAUGGCAUGACGUCAAUCCAGCCCGGAGCUGCAGAAUCUAUACAAGCCAUCGCUGGUCUGGGCAGCUCGGCUCCUAGUGUGCUUGUCCGCAUCCCCGCCACAGGCCCUUGUGCGGAUGGGAGUGCAAGCUGGCAGAUCAAGUAUGUUCUGGAUGCGGGUGCACGAGGUGUUCUGGUACCUAUGGUGUCUACUGCAGCGCAGGCAGCGUCUGUAGUCGCAGCAGCUCGCUUCCCACCGAAGGGGAUUCGCGGGUUCGGCAGUCCUUUCACUCAAUCGGUUUGGGGCAUCUCAGCCACCGAAUAUCUUGCCACCGCUAACGACAGUGUUGUUGUACUCAUCCAAAUCGAGACGCGUGACGGCCUUGUAAAUCUCGAUGAGAUAUUAUCGGUUGAUGGCCUAGAUGGUGUCCUCAUAGGGCCCUACGAUCUCUCCCUUGCACAUGGUUACCCCCCGCCGUCACCUGACCCUCACCCGGAUGUUGAGGUGAUGAUCCAGGAUAUCUUACGCAGAUCGCGUGUGAAAGGAAAGAAAUGUGCGAUUUUCUGUACGUUAGGUUCACAAUCAUUCAAACGAGCACAGGAAGGCUUCGACAUGAUCAACGUCACUUCCGACACCGGAGCCAUGACACAGGCGCUGGCUCAGAGUCUCGCGGUUGCAGCAGGACAGGCCCCGGGUGACAAGGAAUUCGGCUAUUGA